UGGAUUUCAAUCGAUCACCUGCUACGAUUGUUAAUUCGCAUUGUAUCCAUUUAAGGUUUGGGUUUACCUUCAUUGCUACGGUCCUGUUAAAGUACCGUUAUAUCUGACAGAGCGUUGAACUACAAAUGGUACGCAUUAGUGUAGUAAAGCCACCUGCGGUAUUUUUCGAAACGAUAUCGACAAAUACGCUUCAGCCAAUUGUUUUAUUUUUACAAAAGAAACACUUAAGUUAAAACUAGUUAUCGGCAGACAUAAUAAACGCGUAAAAAUUAUCUUAAUUAUACUCGGUAUUCUUAUUGCGAGAAUAAUGAGGAAGUACGUGAUAGUCGAUGUUACCAGAAUACGUUGCAAAUAAUACACACGUAGCUGUUAGUGCGAUCGUGAAACUCAAAGCCGGUAGUGUAGUGUUACCCGGCUCGUCAAUGUGCAUCUAACUCUCAGGUAUUUUGUUUAAUACCGAUGUGUAUUAAUCGUUAAACCGUGUAUAAUGUGUAACUCGAUGCAUAAUUAGAUUAUAAUGCAAGAAAUAAAAAUGGAUCUGAAGAAUGGUGGAAACUUAGAGGAAAAAAAUAAAAAGUUAAAGAAAAAAGAGAAGUCGGUAUUUUGGACGUACGUGCUGUGGAUGUUCGGAGGUUUACUUGGUGCACAUCACAUAUACCUAGAACGAGACGCACAGGCUUUCAUAUAUUUUAGCACUUUGGGAGGAUAUGUUGGUCUCGGAUGGCUUCGAGAUAUCUAUAGGAUUCCCUCGUAUGUCCAGGAUGCAAAUAAUCAUCCUAACUUUUUGAAUGAUUUUAAGCAGAAAGUUCGAAACAAUCGCAAGCCGCCAUUCUCGACAGUGCGAUUCGUUACCGAAAAUGCGGUUGCAUAUUUUUGGGCGGAAAUAUUUCGCAAUGCGAUUCCGGACGACGAAGUGUUUGGAAUAAAUUUUAGGCAUUUAAUAAUUCUGACACCAUUGGUCAUUGCUUUAGGUGUCUGGAUAGUAGGGAACAUAGGCAGGGAACAGGGUUCCAUAUGGAUUGCUCUUUGUUCUGCAUAUUUAUUAUAUCCAACGCUACCUUAUAUCGGAGACGACAGCAUGUGGAUAUUUUUGAUGGUCGUUGCUGCUAGUUUAAGCUUCGAUACGUUCAGCAAACAAUGGAGAUUAAAACCAAGAAAGAAAAGACACUUUGUUCAAAGGAUUUUUUACCUCGGUAUAGCUGUCGCAAUUUACGUGUCUUUACUAGGAUCGUUCUUAUACUUUAAUGCCGUUGUCACCGACAGCGAGGGUGAAGAGAUUAAACUAUCGGAAGCUAUCCAACACUUCUUAACGUCUCCUAUAUGGGUCGAUCUUAAGGCCAGUCUUGAAGCAACCUGGAAUCAGGCGGUACAUCAAGGCUUUUGGGCAACAUGGGCACAACUGAUAGAUCUCACAGAUCCUAGGGGAGAAAUAAACGCCUACAAGAUUUUAGGCCUUUCCCAAACGGCUACGCAAACAGAGGUAACGUCUCGUUGGAGAGCUCUCUCGAGAGACAAUCAUCCUGACAAGAUAAAGGGCACUGAGGAGGAAAGGAGACAAGCUCAAGAGAAAUUUAUGGAAAUACAGCAAGCGUAUGAAAUUCUUUCAAAGGCUAAGAAUCGUAGGCAACGUCGAAAUAGAAAAUCCGAAUGACCCGUUUAUUAACGUUACUUAACGUUACGUUAAUAGAAGAUUCGUUGUAAAUCAACUGAAAUUAUUGUAACAAUCAUUUUGAUAUUUCGUAGAUUAGCGAUAAACGAAGGUUUGUCGUAUUAAGAAAAUGUUGCGCGCGUCGUAAAUGUUUAUUCUAAAAGAUACAUUUUUUACAAUAUUCCACCAACAAUAAGACGAGGUACGACGAGACAAACCGUAUUCAUUGAUCAUACAAACCUGCGUUGUAAAGCGUUCCUCUACCUUGUUAUCUCUUAUUAUAGCAGCGUGCUCUUUUGUCCAAGGCAUUGCUGAUUCGGAAAAUUUGGCACUACGCGUUCUAAUACGAAACACAUAACGUGUACAUGUAUAGGUAAAAUUUUGCACGAUAUGUUCUAUCUUUGUAAUACGAAUACUGUAUACAUACAUAUAUGUACUUACGUAAGUACCUAUUGUACUGUAUUGAUUUGCCUUAAUAAGAAAGAUUGUUUUAGCUCUUAAUAGUGAAAAAAUAUCGUACAAAU